GACGUUCCAACAAGAUGGAACUCCACCCUAGAGAUGAUCAAGCGGAUCCAGAGAAACAAAUCUGGGCUGACCACCAUCCUGACUCAACAAAACAGUAAGGUGACCAUGUUGACUGACCAGGAGCUUGACAGACUGCAAAAGCUGGAGGAACUACUUGAACCUUGCAGAUAUGUUACCGAACUGCUGGGGGGAGAGCGGUAUGUCUCCUGUUCUAUGGUGUUGCCAGCCUUGUGUCAUUUGUUCAGGAUUAUGGAGCCCUCAGAUGAUGACCCAGUCUACGUUUUGAGGUUUAAGAAGGUUUUUACCACAGACCUAGCUCAGCGGAGGGACAGCAGCAAUCUCACAUGGCUGAAGAUCGCUACUGCCCUUGAUCCCAGGUUUAAAGACCUUAAAUGCCUUUCCAAAGAUGAAAGAAGAGAGUUGUGGGCAUCAGUACAUGACCUUCUGAUGGCAGAGACGGAUGCACACCAACCAUCUGCUCAGACAACACAGGAACCCUCACCAAAGAAGAGCAAGAUGUCCAUCUCCUUGCUGGGUUCUCCUGAUUCAGAUACAGAGGAAGAGGAAGAUGCUAUAGACUGCUGUCUGAAUCUGUACAAAGCAGAGCCCAAAAUUGACAUAGGAGGGUGUCCACUACAGUGGUGGUUAAAGAGAGAAGGAGCACAUGCCAGGCUGGCACCUAUUGCACGCAAGUACCUGUCAACCCCUGCAACCACAGUGCCUUGUGAGAGAUUAUUCUCACUCUCAGGUCACAUCAUUCAAAAGAAGCGUGCUUCUUUGUCAUCAGACAAUGUAAACAGAAUAGUCUGCCUCAGUAACUGGCUGAGUGCAAAGAAGGACUAAGCCAGAUUGCUCCUUUAAAGUGAAAAAUGUUCAACAUUCUGGGUUUUCAGCGGUCUUUUUGUGUUUUAAAUACUGAGUUUUGUGCACCCUUUAUUGUUAUGAUAUUCACUUUAACCUGUAGGCCUGGGUUCGGUCACUGUUGAUGGCCUUAAAGGUGUUUUGUAAGUUUUCACUGUGUUAAAGAUUGAUGAAAACUAUUAAAAUUCUCUUUGAAUUUCA